AUGGCUCUUCUAGUAGAUAAACACCGUCCUAGAUCCCUCGAUCAAUUAACCUACCACAAAGACCUCUCCGAAAGACUCCGUUCCCUCGCACAAUCCGGCGACUUCCCUCACCUCCUCGUCUAUGGCCCCUCGGGCGCUGGCAAAAAAACCCGCAUCGUCGCAACGCUCAAAGAACUCUACGGACCCGGUGUUGAGAAAAUAAAAAUCGACUCGCGAGUCUUCCAAACAACCUCAAACCGAAAACUAGAAUUCAACAUCGUAGCCUCGGUCUACCACCUCGAAAUCACGCCCUCAGACGUUGGAAACUACGAUCGCGUGGUUGUCCAAGACCUGCUGAAAGAAGUAGCGCAGACGCAACAAGUCGACCAGAGCGCGAAGCAGAAGUUCAAAAUCGUAGUCAUAAACGAAGCGGAUCAUCUAACACGAGAUGCACAAGCAGCGCUACGACGGACGAUGGAGAAAUACAGUCCUAAUCUCCGAUUGAUAUUACUAGCAAACAGCACCGCAAACAUCAUCGCCCCGAUCCGCUCCCGAACGCUCCUCGUUCGUGUCCCCGCGCCUACAGAAGCCGAGAUCUGCACCGUUCUCGCGAAGAGCGGAAAGAAAGAAGGGUUCCCCGUUGCAAGAGAGCUGGAAAUGCGUAUUGCGAGGGAGAGCGGAAGGAAUCUACGUCGUGCGCUACUUAUGUACGAAGCCGUGCAUGCUCAAAACGAAAAAGUAACAAACACAACCCCAAUCCCUCCCCCCGACUGGGAAGCCCUCCUCUCCGUCAUCGCAGCCGAGAUCUGCGCCGAGCACUCCCCCGCACGCAUUCUCCAAGUACGCGCGAAACUCUAUGAUCUGCUCACCCAUUGUAUUCCGCCUACGACGAUACUCAAGGUUCUAACCUUUAAACUGAUACCGAUGGUGGAUGACAAAUUGAAGGCGGAGAUUAUACGGUGGAGCGCGUUUUAUGAACAUAGGGUGCGGAUGGGGACGAAGGUUAUUUUUCAUCUCGAGGCUUUCGUGGCGAAGUUUAUGAGGGUGGUGGAGGAGUUUGAGAUGGAUGAGGGGUUUUAA